AUGAUACCCACCCUGCCGUGGCUCAACGGUUCUGGCAAGAGGCAGCGGGCAGCCACACAGUCUGCCCUGGGCCGAGCUGUUGCCCUGGCCUGUUUCUGGCUCUGGUGCGGGGGAAAGCACUUUGGCAGCUGGCUGGCGCUCACCCACUUCAACAAUCAGGCAGCGUCAUCAUGCACAAAUCCGCCGCUCCCUCAGUCCAGACCCCAACCUGCCCCGACACUUACCAGCACAAGCACAAGCACAAGCACCAGCUCAAUAUCGACAACGCAGACGAGCCUGCAAUCUGUCAAACUUGAGCUGGCAAACAUUCACUUUUGGGCAAAUCUGCGACGCGGCAUUCUCUUUCCCAUACCUGCCUACCUACCUUGCCCUACUUCGCCGCCAGUACACCUCAGACCCGGAGUCACGGCCGACGGCACGCCAUCCGAGAACACGACAUCCACCCCUCGAUACCCAAAAAUUCCACAUCACCCACCGUUGAUAACCGCGUACACGAUACCAUCCUACAGCGCGCGUCACUUUGAUGACGGCAGAGCCUUUCCGGCGGCUACUGAUCUGACCUGCGCCCUGCCCGUCGUCAUCGAGCUUUCCGACUUUCCGAGUCUCUCCCUUCCUAUGCUUCCCAUUACCGACACACGAUAG